UUGGUUCCACCAUGGAGAACAGCCCUGACAACGAGUGCUUCCGCUCGAUAAACCACGCCGAGAAGACCUUCAAGAAGAUGGAGACCUUCAUGUACCAGAAGAAGCUGUGCGACGUGACGCUGAUCGCCGGGUCCAGAAGAAUACAGGCACACAGAAUCGUGCUGAGCGUCGUUUCAGACUAUUUUGCCGCCAUGUUCACGAACGAUGUCCGGGAGGCGAACAUGGAAGAGAUCAAAAUGAAGGAUGUGGACCCUGAUGCAUUGUGGGCAUUAGUGCAGUAUGCAUAUACAGGAAAACUGGAACUGAAGGAAGACAACGUUGAGAGUCUGCUGUCCACAGCCAGUAUCCUGCAGCUGUCUGAAGUGGUGGAGGCUUGCUGUGGCUUCCUGAUGAAACAGUUACACCCGUCCAACUGUAUCGGCAUCAGGCAGUUUGCAGACGCCAACGGCUGCAUGGAUCUGUUAAAAGUGGCUCACAAUUUCACUACCGAAAACUUCUGUGAGGUGAUAAAGAACCAGGAGUUCCUGAUGUUACCGUCAGGAGAGGUCGCUAAGCUGUUCUCCAGCGAUGACCUGAACGUUCCCGGGGAGGAGACCAUCUUCCAGGCCCUGCUGCUGUGGGUGAAACAUGAGCCAGACUCCAGGAAAAAGGACCUGGCCAGACUGCUGUGUCAUAUCAGACUCCCCCUCCUCACACCACAGUUCUUAGCUGACCACAUAGAGACCAACAUGUUGAUCCAAGAGCAGCCUGAGUGCCAGAAGCUGCUGAUGGAGGCCAUGAAGUACCACCUCCUCCCAGAGAGGAGACCCAUGAUGCAGAGCCCCAGGACCAAGCCCAGGAAGUCCACUGUUGGAUCGCUCUUCGCUGUCGGUGGGAUGGACUCAACUAAAGGUGCAACCAGUAUAGAGAAAUUUGACCUUCGCACAAACACCUGGACACAGGUGGCCAGUAUGAACGGACGCAGACUGCAGUUUGGUGUGGCAGUCCUAAAGGAAAAACUGUACCUAGUUGGAGGCAGGGAUGGACUGAAAACUUUAAAUACCACGGAAUGUUACAACCCCCAAACCAAACAAUGGACCUCCAUGCCACCGAAUGUCACACACAGACAUGGACUAGGUGUUGCAGUAUUGGAGGGUCCGAUGUACGCGGUAGGCGGCCAUGAUGGCUGGAGUUACCUGAACACGGUAGAGAGGUGGGACCCGCAGGCCCGACAGUGGAACUACGUUGCGCCCAUGUCUACGCCACGGAGUACGGUCGGGGUCGCUGUACAGGGUGGAAAGUUGUAUGCUGUAGGAGGGAGGGAUGGUAGUUCGUGUCUCAGGUCAGUGGAGUGCUAUGACCCCCACACCAACAAGUGGACCAUGUGUGCACCCAUGUCCAAGAGAAGAGGUGGCGUGGGGGUCACCGUGUGCAACGAAUGUCUGUACGCCAUCGGCGGUCACGACGCUCCUGCGAGUAACAGCGGUUCACGCUUCACAGACUGUGUAGAAAGAUAUGAUCCCAAAACUGACACGUGGACGACAGUUGCCCCCCUCAGUGUUCCCAGGGAUGCUGUGGGCGUGUCGUUGCUAGGAGACAGGGUGUAUGCAGUGGGAGGGUAUGACGGGCAGAGUUACCUAAACACAGUAGAGUGCUAUGACCCACAGACCAAUGAGUGGAACCAGGCUGCGCCACUCUGCACGGGGAGGGCAGGGGCGUGUUUGGUGCAGUGCAAGAUCACAUGACUAGUCGUGAAACGAUCAUGUUCCAAACACAUGAUCAAGAAGAAAUCUCUCAUCGCCUCAAUACUGACCAAUGGGCAGCCAAGCAGCCUCUGACUGCGCCAUAGCUUUAUUUUCCAUCGGACCAUACCAUUAAAACAUGAAUGGGGAUAUAGCUUAUUCCAGGACGCUUUCGUGACAGAAUGAGUGAAAGAUGAUGAGUGGUUUUUACUGAUGUAAAUAUCAACUGACGUGUACAGUAUUGAUUUAAGUCUCUUCAAGAUCAGGAAAUUUGAAACUGCUGUUGCAAUUUCACCACUCUGUGGUGAGCUGAAGAAUUUUGUACAGUUUGCUGUAGAUGGACACAACUGUGAAGGAACUACCCUGAGUGAGAAUGGAAUAACCCAAUCCUUAUUUGGGUUUGAUGUUGCACAAUCCAGAGGGAAGCCCUAAGGACAUUCCAAAUAACUAGUUAUGUAUACAGUCUGUAUAUUUUCUCUGUCUGACCAUCUUCUCAGAAACAAAGUAUGCAAAUGUGAAACUACGCAAGUGUUCUGUACAUGUACUAUGUGGUGUAUACUCCUUGUCAAACUUGAACUGCAAUAAUAUGUGCCAAAAUCUGAGCUUCUGUCCUAUGCUUCACAUGGUUGGAUGGUUUUGAAUGAGAUGUUAACUUUUCUUACAUGUAAAUAUAUAUCAUGUUUCUUGUCUCUGCCUAAAACCUGGGAAAGACUUAGGGAAACAUUUUUGGUAUUUUACAAUUGUUACACUGGUAUUGCAGUGACAACAGGUUACCGUUGCCUUUCUUACCCUUGUCCUGCUGCUGCACCCAUACAGUAUGUCUACAGGUUAUACAUACGGCCGAUACGGGAUGCCUGUAUGUGGAUACCACAUACAUAUAUGGGUAUUUGACACUUACGGUAGUCAUAUCAUACUGAAGCCAAACCCACCAACGUGGAGGCAAUUCUGCAGCAGCAGUGUAGAGAAGUUUAAUGAUCUGAUUAAAGAGUCAGCACUGCAAAGAUGUAUUCGUGAAAAAUAAUUCCAGCAGGACAAGGGUUGAGAUGCUGCAAAUGUCACAGUAUAUUAUUUCACUGCAAUUAUCAUCCAUUUAUGACAGUCAUAUUUUUCUAGCAGUCAUUCAUGAUAUCUGCUCUGUUGACAAAACAACUGUCCUAACAUGUAUGUCCUUGAUGGGAAAGUCAGAGUGACAACAUGAUUUUGUUGCAAUUUGGGAUUGUUUCAAGUUUGACAAGACUUGAAAGUGUCUGUAGAAAUAUGGUGAGUUAGAACACACAUGUCAAGCUUGUGACCAUUUUUCUUUCCCUGUCCCUUUUCUUUUGAGAAUACUCACACUUUAAGCAAUAGCUAUAUAGAUUAAGAAUAUCUACUGAAAUGCUAUAUAUGCAGACGAUGACUGUUAUACAUGUCCUAUCAUACAUGUACCUGUGUCAUAUAGAACAUGCAGAAAGUUCUCAUUAAGAUGUGCAGAGAUUGUUGUAUUACUUGUACAUUGCGAACAGUCAUAGGGGAUAGCACAUUAAGAAUGGGGCAGAACAGAUGUUAACAAAGUGUGGCAUUUCCUUUCGAUUCUGAUCUACGCUUCAAGUUUCUGUGAAGAGGAAAAUUUUGGAUUGCCAUUUUGAAUGUAAGAAAUGCCUUGCUCAUAUUACUGAAUGUAACCAAGACAUUAUCUAACGGUGCAAUGUAUAAGAACUACGUACAUGUAUAGCAAAAUAAUGUACCAUAUCAAGAGAAAAUUCAAAUACACACACAGCAAAACGGGGAGGUGUGCUGGGAUCUCAGUUUGUGUUGAAGCUUGCACAGUGCCUAACUCAACAAUGUAGUCAGGUACAUGUUGUGUAUAGUUAUCCAACUCUGUUAUACAGAGAAGUGACAUCCAUAGAAAUGCAGCAGAUUCUGAUGAAUUGUCAGCUUCUAUAGUCUGAAAUCCUAACAUUCAAAUCUGUGCUUUGAUAUUUCUGGUGCUGUGAAGAUCCUCUUAUGGUGGUGUGUGUGAAAUGCCUGUAUUAUAAGUAGCUUGUUUGCCUGUAAUUGUGGCUGGGAUGAUUUCUUGUAUUGUACAGGCCCAUCAAUGGUGUAGAAGGUAGACUCCACAGCAGCUGGAUAGCACUUCAAGUUGUGAGCCAGGGGGUUGGGUGCAUAAUAGAAACAGGAGAAUAUUAAUCUAAGAGAGUUAACUUAUGAUGCAGUGGAAGAGGCUGUAACAGUGUAUAAAUAUUCUUAUUGAAAAACAAGAUGCAAAUUUGUACCAUGUCAGGUUGUAUAUGCAAUAUCUGCAAUAUCUCGUCAUACCUUGUAAGUAAUUUAAGCAGAACUUUUUAAUCACCUUGUUCUUGUUAAUAACUUUUUGUAUACAAUCAAGCUGUGUAAUGUCAGCAUUCAGGACCAUACAAUGGUAUAUUUAUGAAUAACAUCAUAUGUGGAAACUGUGUGAUUGUCAUUAGUACAUGACUGUAUAUAUAUAUGAAAUGGUGUGAAACUAUAGCAGGAAAGAUAGCAUUUCUACCAGUCAGACAGUAUUGUGUCAUCUUGUGAAUUAUGGCAAUUCAAAAGUGACCCUGCAGUUUUGAAAGUUAGAUAUGGACUCUCAUAUGUGAUUCUCAGUGGACCCAACAUACAGUAGAUAUUAAGAUGUAUGGUGAAAAUACGUAUUCUUUUAAUUGCACAAGUUUAUCUUAUCUGGUAUACUGGGUGUCUUGUUUCCUUUCAGUUUUCUUUCGAAGGCUUAUCUGUUUUCCUAGCAUUUUUCUGAAAUAUAUCAAAAUGUAACAAAGAUCUUCAAAAGCUGCCAAAGCUUUAAGACAUACACCAAUGUACACCAAUGAACCAUAUCCUUGUUCUUUGUUUUUAUAAAACACCCAGGACACAAACCAUUUAAGAUUAAUUUAGGUGUCCUUCCUCAACAAGCCAAGCUUAUAGACAUGUCAGCCAUUGUUUUAUUAGUAUGGUGUUUCUAACCAACUACAAGGAGAGGAGCUGAACUUGUUUUGGUAAUAUUUUUUUAUUCAAUGCAAACAAGUAUGUACAAAUACAAAUACAGGAAAUCAUUGUAUGGUUUGAAGUACAUGCUGGUAUCAUGAUGGUUUUGGACCAAGCAUUUUCUGGAUAUUUAGUUCAGCUCUCUCCUCCAUGUAUGUACAAGCCAUUGUCUUCAUCUAUACCGAGACAGGGAUUCAGACUUUUGACACUGCAUGCAGGUUUCUUGUACACGUCCUGUAACGUCUUAUGGUGGAGAAAUAAAAACUCAGACUGUA